UCCAUCAUGGCGGUUGUCUACUUCUUCUUGGAAAGACGACUUUUCAUCUUGCAAGGAAAAGCUGUGGGAGAUUGGAAGGGAAAAUGAAAUGGACGGGAAUAAGUCAGAUAAAGUUAUAAUACCAGAAAAGAGUGUCUUGACCGAACUGCAAUCUCCGGAAGGGAAUAAGUCGAAAUCAGCCAUAGGAGAGGUCAGCUCAACAGCAAUUGUGAAGUACUCUGCUCAAGGAGGCUUGCCCUAUUAUAACAAAUUGCAACAGGACACAAACCUCAAUGUUGCCCCUUCAAACUGGCUGCGAGAUGGAAGAUUUUCUGAUCUCAGUUUUCUCAAAAGGGACCCUGUUGAGUUUACAAGUUUUGGUAUGGCACACAGCUUUGUUGAUACUAUUGGAGAUGUUGAUGUGAUAUCUGAUGCUGAGAACAUCAAGAAAUUACUUAAAAUACCAUACAGUGCCAAAGCUGAAGUAAGCUUAGCAGUCCAUAGAGUAGGACCAACCCUCCUGUUGGAUUACCUUGAUGUGCCAUCACUGAUUUCAUUUGCUUCUGAGGGACACAGUGACACUAUUUUUCGUAGGUGGCUUUAUGAUUUCUACUGUGAACAAACUGGAAUUCCAAAGGAUGCUAGCUUUGAACGCAAGAAGAAGAAGAAGGAUCAGGCAAAACUUAGACACAUAUUUUCAAAGUUCCUUCAUUACAGCAUUCAGAGUGACAAUUCAGAGGGUUCAACAGAUAGCAGCUUCAAAACAUACAGUGAAGCCAGCUGUUCGCCUCUUGGAGACUCAUGUGCUGAAGGGGACGGUACAACCUACAGAGACUCAGACUCAGUCCCAGGACCAACUGUUUUUGCAGAAAAGGGUUCUGAUCUGUUUGCACCAGUAAUUGUUGACGCUGAUUCGCCAGAUGAACCUGUUCUACCCCAACUCCAACAGGACUCUUCAUUCCAGCACAAUGUUCUGUGGCAAUUCGAAGAUAUCCAGAUGCUUGUAGGAUCCAACCUGCCCAUAUUUGGAGGUGGUAAAUACCCUGCAGUCAGUUUGAGACUUAGAGAGUGUGGUAACCCCAUCAAUGUGCUAACAGGGUUGGAUUACUGGCUGGAUAACCUGAUGUGUAAUGUUCCAGAGGUAGCCAUGUGUUAUCAUCUAGAUGGGAUCGUUCAGUACUACGAUCUUUAUAAAACAGAGGAGUUACCAAACUUGGAAGAGAGUAAUUUUUCUCCAAAGGUCGUGAAAGACGUAGCACAAAAUAUCCUUUCUUUCAUGAAGGCGAACUGCACCCGCGAAGGACACACCUAUUGGCUUUUUAAGGCGACUGACAGUGACGUCAUAAAGCUGUAUGAUUUGACAUCAAUUUGUCAGCAGCGAACAGACGAUAAGACGGAGAACUUGUUUACUGUGCCAGUGGCUAUGCUGUUCUACCGAGUUGCUAAAAAUAUGAUGAAUCAGUCACCACUGAGUUCUGGGGAACAGUCAACGGUUCGCCAGCUUAUAAAUAACUGUCUCCUUCUGUUGGACAAUGAAACUUAUCCCGAGUCGCUUGACGUGACGAAACUAUCGACCCCCACAACACAACAAGGUGACUGGAUUAAGGUUUCUAAGCCAUUACCUAGCAACGUGGAAGAAAGGUGUAAGGUGGCUCUGUCGCAGAUCGUAAAGGGCCUUUCGUGUGUCAAGAAGCAUUUGUCAGAAAGCAGUUCUCAAGGGGAUGUCCUCAAUAACACCACUGAUGACAGCUCCUCUUCCGAAAGCGCCCCCUCUCCAUCCCAGUCUCCUAGAAGUGACGCGGUAUCGGGCUCUUGUUCCCCCCAAGCAGUUGUUCCUACCAAUUCAAAACACCUCCAUCUGUAUAAGAGGGAGAAAACUCCUCUUGUCCUUAGAAGGCCGGUGCGCUGGCAAGCGAGGACAGCUGGGUUGUUGUUUCACAAAGCGUCGUCUGUCUAUCACUCACUGGCUUGUACUUUUAAUUCAAACGGCAAGUUUGGCCGUGGCCUGAAGAACUGUAAACUUGCGUUUAAGUGUCUAGAGGCUUCUCAGAUUUUUGGUGUGGAGUCAGAAAACAAGAAAGGUGACCAGAUGCUGAUUUCGGUACAGUUUGUUUGCGGUGACUCGUAUUUGAUGCUGGCCAAGUGUCAGGGGAAUUUAGCAGUUCACCAGGAAGAUUAUCGGUUUAAAUCUGAGGAAGACGUUUUCAUCUCCGAUGCAGCCGAGGAGUGCAUUUCCGGUCAAGGAGAAUAUUCUUCUAGUGUCAAGUUUGUGUCAGAUGUGGAGAAAAAUUUACUGAAGAGUGUUAGCUUAUAUGACGCCGCCCUUCAACUCGCAACGACAGACACCAAAGCGGAGCUGGUGGUAAACUUAACAAGACGACUUGGGAACGCUAAGAACGAGUUGGGCGUGUUUUAUAUGAACAAAGCCGCUGCCCUGUUGCACAGCAGCUCAGAACCCUCCGAUAAGGAGCGAGAACUGUGGCAAAAAAGUUUCUCUAAUUUCGAAAGCGGUAUUCGCACUUUUGAUGCGACAGAUGACAGUGCAAACAAGGCGUUAUUGCUGUCCAACUUAGGCCGUUUAAUGCGGCUAUGCGCUCAGGCCGUCGGAGGUGUGGAAACCAAGCUGACAGGAAGAAGGGGAGAAUUCACUCAGGAGGAGAGAGGAUAUUUUAACAAGGCCUUUGAGUUCUAUAACAAGGCACUUCGGUGUUUGGCCGAGAGGAAGAAAAGUCCAGAGGUGUGGGACACGGUCACAUGGGAACUAUCUGGCUCUUACUUUUCGAUGGGGACCCUCCUACAAGAUUUUGCUCCUCUUUCCACAUAUGCUCAGGAGCAGGUUGAACAGGAGGUGACUGAGCUGAUGAUGAAAGCACUCCGUCUUUGUGAGCCCAGUGUCACGGGGAGUACGCCACACAUUAAACCCCGAUCUGUUCAUCAGCUCUACCAUCGGAUAGCUUCAAUACACCAUCGGCUGGCGUCUCUUUACCAUAAUUCUUAUAGGAACCAGGCUGUUGACCACUCAAAGAAGAAAGCGCGCUCUCUAGCGGAGUUACACUACAGCAAGGCUGUGGCGUAUUUCGAUGCCUCGCGGUACCCCUCUGAGUGGAUUCGAAUUCAUUUGGAGCAAGUCGCCAUGUGUGAAUAUCACGUGACCACCUAUGGUGGGUCCGCGGCAGCCAUUCGUAGUCUACAGUCUGCUUUGGAGCAUCUGUGCCAAACUCUGAAAGCUUUAGAAUAUUUGGGAACGUUGAAUUUUUCCGAUGGGAGUGAAUGCAAGCCUUCAAAAGUCGAUGAAGGUUCUGAGUUUCCGGCAGUCAACUGGGAUGAGAUCACAACGAUAGUUCCGAUUUUGGAAUCGCGUCUUACAAGUGUUUUGAAAGAACUUGUGAAAGCUAACAGCACGCUUAAGAACAAAGGAAAGUCGAGCAGGGACUGGGGAGGACUGGAGAUGGCCAAGCAGAUGUACUCUCUUGCAUUGCGGAGUAGUAGUACCAGUGGGGUCGAGGAUAUUGUUAAAAAAUGCCAGAGAAUAGCUGAAACUCUCAAAAACCUCCAAAAAAUUAAGAAGCAAACGCAGUAAUUCCUAUGAAUCCAGUAAGACGCUAAUGUACGAUCCCCUUUACAAUCAAACUCAAACUCCUUUCUAGCCCUUCCCCUUCCCCCUCCUUCCCCAACCCUCCCUUUCUAAGAAGUGAUGUUACAUUUGAUUGAAUAGAAAGGUAAUGUAGGAGUCGUUUGGUUUAGAAAGAUGGUUUUAUGCUUCUGGUUCAAAAUGAAUUGUAGAUUGCUCUAAAUUAUUACCUGACGUAGUAAGUUAUCUGUAAAGCGCGCUGAGGUUAUGUAGCUGUGCUCUAGAAGAAUUUUGUUAUGAUUAUUGUCGUUAUCAUCGUCAUAAUCAUUAUUCUUAUUACUAUUAUUAUUAUCAUUAUAUUGUUAUUAAAGAAAUUUCCAUUUUGUAAAGAAAAUUUUCCAAGUAUUCUUGAGAGCAAACUCGAACUGAUAGCUCGUACUCCAUGCAGGUAAAAUAUCUUUAUAAUAAUAUAAUAAUAAUAAUAGCUUUUAUUUAUCUAGCGCUCAGAUCCUGAGCUCAUGGCGCUUUACAACACUGUUCGGGGGACUUAACAGGCUGCUAAGCAGUUUACAAU